AGUAGUAGAAAGCAUCUGCAUGCAAAUGGUCUUUGUUUAACAGUUCAAGGAUUAGCUUGAGAUCAUAGUAUUAACCAAGCUAUUAAUUCCUUGCAGUCAAAGAAGAUAGUGGAGUACUCCUCCUACAAAACAACAACUCUCUCACACACACAAAAGAUUCUUCUUUUCCUGAUUCUUCAAAAUCAAAAUCCUUCUUUUUUGCAGCUCUCUUUUGUCUCAUCUCUGCUCCUCUUCUUCUUCUUCUUCCCUUUGCAUUGCUGUCUCCUGCACUGCAGCAGCAAAGCUGCCAUCACCAACCCACCUCUCCUCCUCCUCUCAGCUCUCUCUGUUUCUCUCUCUCGCCGCCGUCGCCUGUGAGCCAUGACCGCCGCCGCCGUCAACGCCUCGCGCGUCAUGCGCCGCCGCGCCGCAGGCGAGGACCUGGGCGACGGCGGCGAUGGCGACGGCGACUUCUGGGCCGGUGGCGCCCCCCGCCUCUACGACUUCUCCCAGCAGGAGCAGAAGCCGUUCUUGCCCGCGCCCGCGCCCGCGCCGCCGUCGCCCGCGCCCGUCCCGGCGUCGCCGCCGUCCCCCGCGGCGGAGUCGGUGGCGCCGUGCCUCCUCACGCUGCAGUGCAGCGGCGUCGGGUGGGGUGUCAGGAAGCGGGUCCGGUACGUCGGGAGGCACCACCACCUCGCGCGCCACCACGCUCCCGAGCGCGCCGUGGACGCCGCGCGGGACGACGACGAGGCGAGCUCCGCCAAGGCCAAGAACGAGAGCCCGAAGGAGGAGGCAGCGGCGGCAGAAGAAGACGACGACAACGUCGAACACAAGGUGGCGGUGCCCACCACGUCGGAGGAGAAGAAGAGGAGGAGGAGGAGGAAGCGUGGCCGUGGCCGUGUCGGUGGCCAUGGCGUCGCCAAGCGUCCCAAGAAGGAGGAGGAGGAGGAGGAGACGAAGCUCUCGGCUCCCAAGGCCGAGCAGCUCGAGGAGGAGGAGGGCGCCGCGGUGGCGGCGCCGAGCGGCAUGAUCGACCGGUGGAAGGCGACCCGGUACGCCACCGCGGAGGCGUCGCUGCUCGCCAUCAUGCGCGCCCGCGGCGCGCGCGCCGGGAAGCCCGUCCCGCGCGGGGCGCUGCGGGAGGAGGCGCGCGCCCACAUUGGCGACACGGGCCUCCUCGACCACCUCCUCAGGCACAUCGCCGACAAGGUGGCGCCCGGCGGCGCCGAGCGGUUCCGGCGGCGGCACAACGCCGGCGGCGGGCUGGAGUACUGGCUCGAGCCCGCCGAGCUCGCCGCCGUGCGGCGGAACGCCGGCGUGGCCGACCCGUACUGGGUGCCUCCUCCCGGAUGGAAGCCAGGGGACCCCGUCUCGCCGGAGGGCUACUUGCUGGAGGUGAGGAAGCAGGUGGAGAAGCUCGCCGUGGAGCUCGCCGGCGUCAGAAGGCACAUGGAUCACCUCUCUUCCAAUGUGAGUCAAGUGGGCAAGGAAAUCAAAUCUGAGGCUGAGAAAUCCUACAAUACAUGCCAGGAGAAGUAUGCCUGUAUGGAGAAAGCCAAUGGCAAUCUGGAAAAGCAGCUUCUGUCCUUGGAGGAGAAGUAUGAGAAUGCAACACACGCAAAUGGCGAGCUGAAGGAGGAGUUGUUGUUUCUCAAGGAGAAGUUUGUGAGUGUGGUCGAGAACAACACCAGACUGGAGCACCAGCUGACUGCUUUAUCCACUUCUUUCCUGUCUCUAAAGGAGGAACUGCUCUGGCUGGAAAAAGAAGAAGCUGAUCUGUAUGUCAAGGAACCAUGGGAAGACGACGAUGAAAAGCAAGAACACGAUGCCGGGAAAGAGGCGAAGGACGACGAUGUCGCCGGCGUCAGUGCAGCCAACGACCAGCCGGACGUCGACGGCGAUGGCACCACCACCACCACCACCACCAGCAGCAAUGGUGGCAGCGGGAAGAGAACAUCGAGGAAGUGCAGCGUGCGCAUCUCCAAGCCGCAGGGCGCGUUCCAGUGGCCGACGCCGAGCCUGCCGUUCUCGCCGGAGCUCGCCGCGCCGCCGUCGCCGCCGCUGACCCCGACGGCGCCCGUCGUCGCCGGCGCCGCCAACUUCGCCACCAUGGACGAGCUCUACGAGUACAUGAUGGCCGGCGGCCUCCCCACGCCACCGUCCACCACCAGCAACGCCGGGAAGCUCCCCUCGCUGCCCGCCGCCACGGCCUGCGCCACGACGCCGCCGGUGAAGACGGCGGACGCCGCCGGCGACGUGGGCACCGAGCUGGCACUGGCCACUCCCGCCUACUGACACCCCCAUCGCUGGCGAUCUCUCUCUCAUCGAUCGGCAGCUCAAGUUUUGGCUCACCAUUAUACCAACCAGUCACUGAUCUUAGCAAGAAGAUGAAGAUAGCAAGAAGAAGAAGAAGAAGAAGAAGAAGAAGAAGAAGAAGAUUAGAUUUACUACUGAUGAUACUUUCUUGGGUUAAAACUACAAUUUAGACAGCUUUCUUGGUUCGAUCUCUUUCGUUAGGUUAAUUCAGGCUUGAUGAUCUUAGGUCGAUUUUGCAGCUUUGCGUCUGCGUUUUUUGGAUUUCUGGGAGACAUUCAUUUCCAGCGAUCUCUCUAAUCCUAAUUUCACAGCUAAACACUCUCGCAGUAUGAAACUUUGUCUGAUGUUUGUGAUGAAAUGCAUUGACCGCUUCUGUGAUUCGUGAU